GACCGGCAACAACUACACAACACAAUAAGGAGAACGGAAGUCAACAUGUUCAUUACCAAUACCGUCCAGCAUGAACGUGGUGGAAGUGGUCGAACGGCUCGGAUCAGAGCAAGAACCAGUCCGUAAACUAGCAGCAUUCAAGCUCCAAGCGCAUAUAUCCGACCCAUCCAUCGCAGACGCAUUCGUCGCCGUCGGGGGCGUGAAACCAUUACGUACACUCGCUCUCACGUCAACCGGGAACACACUCGCAUACUCCCUAACCUCACUCUCCAAUCUCCUUGAUGUGGAUAGGGGGUGGGACGGCAUUGACGCCGCAAUCCUCGACCGGAUCGUGAGUCUGGUUAUCAAGGAACCACUCGUUAACAUCUUACGCCCUGCGCUUAGCGUUUUGGUUUGUCUCGUCGGGCAUGGUCGUGGACAGGGGCACGGCAUGCUUCGUACCAAGGGAUUCCUGGAAGCGAUCGUGAAUAGGUUGGGGAGUGCGGAUCAUGUCCUGUGCGCAAACUCGUUGAUGCUCAUAAACGCACUUACCCAGGAUGCGUGGAAUGCGAAGAACAUGGGUGGGGGACACUCGAGGACGAAUUCGCAUUCGAAGGAGUGGGAGGGAUUCGUGCAGGAGAUGAGAAGGUUGGGUGUACAGCGUGCUGUCAGCACAUUGAUGCAACAAACACCAACCCCCGACCUCCUCCUCCCCCCCCUCCAAGUCUUCCAAUCCCUCACCCUAACCCUCCUCCACUCCUGGUCCCGUAUCCGCGUCGACCCAUCCCAUCUCUCCAUCCUCGACACUAUCUGGAAAGAAUCUGACCUAAACGUCAUCAGUGGUACCAAAUGGACGAAGCUCGGGUUCGCGACGGAGUUUCCCUUGGGUGAGUUUGCGUUUGUGGGGAGGGAGGAGGAGAGGGGUGAGUGUGGGUGUGGGUGGUUGGGGUUGAGUGAUUUGGUGGGGUUUGUGGAGAAGGAUAGGGAGGGGUUCAGGAAGUUACUGCUCGAACAGCUUGCGAAACCGGAACAGUUACGGUGUCCUCUUGCUCGAGCAUCAAUCACUGUCACCAACUUGCUCUACGCACAUUUCUCACUCUCGAUGCCGGAUCCGUCAUCACACCCGAAAAUCGAGUCCCCAUUUUCGCCGAGAGGGAGUACCAUGACCCUCUCAACCGCCUACGACAACGGCCUCUGUCCCCUCCUCUUAUCAUGGGGAAGUCUCCACCACGCCACCCUCCUCGCAUUCUUCCGCCUCUGGACCGAAAGCCACGCAAUAAUCGACGACUUUGACCGUGUGAAAGAUUUGGUGGAGGUACUCCUCAGCACCGUCAUGUCCGCUCCCGACACGAAAGAUAAAGGCGUGAAGGAGGUUGAGAGAGAGUUGUUUGAGUUUGAGUAUAGGUUGUUGAGGAGGUUACAGCUCGAGAGACUUGAACGGGUUCAGGAACGGACGUGGGAGGGCCCUGUGAGGGAUCUGACCGAGAAGAUCCGGAGAGAGGCAUGGACGUUUGUGAAAUGGCAACGGAUCAAAUGUUUGGGACGAGGUGAAUGGUUCCCAAUCGAAGACGGCGGGAAGAGAGGGAAGAAAUGGCGCUUCGUAAUAUUAGAAGAGGAGAAAACCCGGAAAUGUCUCCGUAUCGGCGAAUUCGACACCAAAGACGACACAAAGCCUACGUUAGACAUGCUCCCAGAGAAGGUCGACCUCUCCCUCGCCGGCGAAAUAACCUCCGCCAUCAAAUCCCCUACAUCGACACAAUCAAACACCUCAACCCUGAAAUCCCGUCCCCGAUCCUCAUCCCUCGCGAACGCCCUAAAAUCUACCCCCACAACCAUUCCGCAAAUCGUUGUUAAGGCUCAAUCGCCCAAUGCGCGAUCACCGCUGUUGACAUUGAAUCCGCAAACACUGCAUUCGCAUGCGGAGUGGUUGGAUGGACUCUUGAUCGCGCUGGGGCGGGAACCGGUAUGUGCGGAGACGGAGGGGAGGGUGAGUGUACUUGUUAGCACGGGUGUCAAGGUCCGGUUGAUGGAGUUGAGGAAUGAGGGGGAGGGGGUUAAGAUUAGUGGUGUUGUUGGUGAGAUAAGGAGGGAGGGGGUCGGUGUUGGGUUUUAUUACGGGGAUCCGCUGUAAACGCAAUCUUUCUAUAUUUCUCUUAGAGGUGGUGGUAAUCAUUCCGCCAAGAACCGUUCAACUUCAAUACCAACACCCCGUCCCAACCCCCUCACAACCUCCCACCCAACAUUAACCCUCCACCUCCCCCCACCAUCCCCAACACCAUCCCCCGCCCCCGUCUUAACCAUCAACCGUAGCGUACCCAACGUCGCAACCUGCCUUGAAACAUCUACAUUCCCCUUCAUCAACCUCACAUGAUCCUCCUCAUCGAGCAGCGAAUGGAAAAUCGCCAACAUCCGCUCCAACGGGAAUGGUCUGGGGCCGAGGAGUCGCUGAGGGAUCUUUGCGUCGUGUUUCCGGAUUUCUUUCGCUACUGCACCGCCUUUUCUGCGGCGAGUGGGGGCUCCGCCACCUUUUGA